UUAAUCCCACUUUCUUCCAGGUGGUUGAAACAAUUAUACAAAACAGGAAUGAAGAGACCAAUUGAGGAGGAGGAUGUCUAUGAAACGCUGCCAGAACACAGAUGUGAGAAGCUUUCGGAGAAAUUUGCGCGACUGUGGGAGGAGGAAUCCAAAGCAGAAUCACCCUCACACCUGAAAAUUCUGGCACGAGCUUAUGGGAAGCAGGUCAUGAUCUUUGGCCUUUUGUGUUCCCUCACGGAAUCGGGACUGAGGAUUGUUCAGCCCCUCUGCAUGGGUGGUUUGGUGACCUAUUUCUCUCCUGAACAGGAUGGUGUCACACGACAGGAUGCCUAUUUGUAUGCUGCUGGCAUUAUUCUAUCUAGUCUCAUUCCUGUCCUGAUGUUCCAUCCCUAUAUUCUGUACCUGGAUCAGGUGGGCAUGAAGAUGCGCCUGGGAAGUGUUGGGCUGAUUUACAAGAAGAUCCUUAGGAUGUCCAAGUGUGCUGCCUUUAGUGGGCUCAAUGGCCAAGUGAUAAAUCUCAUGUCAAAUGAUGUUGGGGAAUUCGACACUGCCCUCAGUUCUAUUCAUGAUCUCUACAAGGGUCCCAUUGAGGCUAUGCUCAUUGGGUACUUCCUGUACCGAGAGAUUGGUAUUGCUGGCUUGAUCGGGAUGGCCUUUCUCCUGGCCUUUAUCCCCAUGCAGAUGUGGCUGGCGAAGUUGGCAGCAAAAUUUAGAUUUUUAACUGCCAAAAGAACGGAUAAACGCGUGAGGUUUAUGAAUGAAAUCAUCCAUGGGAUCCAGGUGAUAAAGAUGUACACAUGGGAGAAAUCCUUCUCAGCCCUUGUGGACAAAGUCCGACGGAAAGAGAUUGAUGCUAUCCGGGGAACAUCGUACAUUGAUGCUGCCAAUUAUUCUUUCAUUCUCAUCUCGCAAAUUUCUCGAUUCAUCGCCCUCAUGACCUACAUCUCUUUCGGGAAUGUCUUCACUGCCAGGAAGGUCUUCAUUGUCUACUCCUACUUUAUGUACCUCAAUGAAUCAAUGGUGCACUUCUGGCCACGUGCACUUACAGUUGUGGCUGAGAUGUAUGUAUCCUCGAAGAGAAUCACAGAGUUCCUGCUUCUAAGUGAGGAAAAGAAGCAACCACAUCCGGAACGGAGCGCCAAGGAGGUUCCUCUCAUGACGAACCUUCCAAACGGAAAGAUUCCUUCGGAUGAGAAGGCUUCAGAAGAGAUCCAGCCAAGGAGAAUAGUUUCCGAGACCGCCAGUGAGAAGAGUGUCCAUUUGAAAAAUGUAACAGCUCUCUGGGGAGGAGAGGAUCCCAAUUCCAGGCAAGGAAUUAACUCUGUGGACCUCUCAAUAGCCCAGAGAGAAUUGUGCUGCAUUGUCGGACCAGUUGGUGCUGGAAAGUCUACAAUCCUUCAUGCAAUCAUCGGAGAGUUGAGCCUGGAUGAAGGAUCAAUUGAGAUCAAUGGCAGUUUGAGCUACGCAGCCCAGGAACCCUGGCUUUUCGAGAGUACCAUCAAGCAGAAUAUAAUUUUCGUGGAGGAAUACGAUGAGAAACGCUAUCAUGAAGUCCUCAAAGUCUGUGCCCUCGAAAGGGAUCUUGAGCUCUGGCCAUUUGGGGAUGCAACCCUCGUAGGGGAGCGUGGAGUAAGUCUGAGUGGAGGGCAGAAGGCCAGGGUGAGCCUAGCAAGAGCUAUUUACAGAAAUGCAGACAUUUACCUUCUGGAUGAUCCUCUGUCAGCUGUGGACACUCAUGUGGGGAAGCACAUCUUCGAGAGAUGCAUCAGGCGCUUCCUGGAAGAUAAAAUUGUCAUCCUGGUAACGCAUCAGCUGCAAUAUCUCAAAGAUAUCCGCCACAUUGUCUUCCUAAACGCAGGCCGAGUAGAAAUCCAAGGAUCUUACGAUGAGAUCCGACAAAGCAAUCUUGAUAGCUUCCUGGCUCACACUCCUGACGAGGCUCAAGAGCCAAAAUCUCCGACUACCGAGAGGAAGCUCAAUACCUUCAACUCCCAAAUUGACUAUUACGAAUCCAAAGACAACGAAGAAUUGGAGGAAGAGAAGGAGGAACAGGCUGUUGGAUCUGUAAAGUGGACAGUUUAUUUGGCCUUCUUCAAGUUCGUAAGGAACAAAUGCAUGAUCAUCACCACCUUAUCCCUCUUCGUCCUAGCCCAACUUGCAAUGACGGGAACUGAUUACUUCGUUGCUCAAUGGGUCAAUUGGGAGGAAUCCCUGAACCUUCUCAAUACAACUGGCUUCAAUCUCACAGACACUCUAUUCAGCUACCUCGAAUCUCUAGGAAAUGCCACAGAUCUCCUUGCAAUUAUCUCUCCGGAUCAUGAAUUCACCAUCAGGAGGCAGUAUCAAAUCACCUACGGAGUCCUCAUGGCCAUUCUCACGUACCUGGUAAUUCAGAGGAACUUCGUGUUCUUCCGAAUGUGCCUCAUGGCUUCCAUCAGGCUACAUGAUCGCCUCUUCAGAGGGAUCACGAGAUCGAGAAUGUCCUUUUAUCAUACAAAUUCUUCCGGUAGGAUUCUCAAUAGGUUCUCCAAGGACAUUGGGAAUGUCGACAAGGAUCUUCCGAUAAGUCUUAUCGAUACUAUCAUUUGCUUCCUGGAGAUUGCAGGAAUUGUGGCAAUUGUUGUUGUAGUUGAUUAUUGGUUGCUGAUCCCGACGAUUGCUGUUGGUCUACUUCUUUAUUUAAUCAGGGUGAUUUACAUAACUACCGGAAGGAGUGUUAAGAGACUGGAAGCUACUUCACGAAGUCCCGUUUACGCUCACAUGAACUUCACCAUGCAAGGCUUAUCAACAAUCCGUGCUCUCAAAGCCGAAAAUGUCCUGGAGGCAGAAUUUAACUACCACAAUGACUUCAACUCCUCAGCUUGGUAUAUGUUCCUGGCAUGCUCCCAGUCCUUCUCAAUGUGGCUGGAUUUGGCAUGUGUUCUCUACAUUUCCAUUGUUGUCCUCAGUUUUCUCGUCCUUGAUAACAAUGUUCUGGGAGGAAAUGUUGGAUUGGCCAUUACACAAGUGGUGAAUCUCGUUGGAACUUGCAUGUGGGGCAUGCAGCAAACGGCAGAGUUGGAGAAUCAGAUGAUUUCCGUCGAGAGGAUAAUUCAGUAUUCAAAGUUACCGUCUGAACCGCCACUUGAGACUGAUGAAAAGAACAAACCGACGAAGGAAUGGCCCAGUAAAGGAGCUAUUGACUUCAAGGAUUUAUCACUGAGGUAUUCUGAUGAAGGGGAGGUUAUUCUCAAGGAUCUUACUUUUUCAAUUCAAUCUGGGGAGAAAAUUGGAAUUGUUGGCCGAACGGGAGCUGGGAAGUCUUCAAUGAUCCAGGCUCUGUUUAGGCUAGCUCCUAUUGAGGGACGCAUUGAAAUCGAUGGCAUAGACACUCAGACACUCGGUCUGCAUGAUCUUCGGAGCAAAAUCUCCAUCAUCCCUCAAGAUCCGAUCUUGUUCUCGGGCUCCCUGCGAGCCAAUCUCGAUCCCUUCGAGGAGCGCAAGGAUGCCGAGAUCUGGAGUGCUCUGGAGGGUGUGGAGUUGCGUGGAGCUGUGGGGCAGUUGGCUGGUGGGAUUGACUGUCGCAUGGCAGAUGGAGGAUCGAACUUUAGCAUGGGCCAGAGGCAAUUGGUGUGCCUGGCCAGGGCCAUUCUCCGGGACAAUCGCAUCCUGGUGCUAGAUGAGGCGACAGCCAAUGUGGAUCCGGAGACCGAUCGCCUCAUCCAGACCACAAUUCGCACGAGAUUCGCCCAUUGCACAGUGCUCACGAUCGCCCAUCGGCUGCACACGGUCAUGGACAGUGAUCGCGUACUGGUGAUUGAUACUGGUCGCGUGGUGGAAUUUGGGCAGCCCCAUGAACUUCUCCAACGACCCGGGGGGCACCUAAGGUCACUCGUAGACCAAACAGGACCCGCCACGGCCUCCCUCUUAAGCCAGGUGGCUCAGGAAGCUUUCCUCAAAGCGAAAUAUGAGUCUGAAUAAGAUCUUUAAUUAAUCCAUUAUGACCCCACCGUAUGAUAUUUAAUGUAUCUUACGCAAAGUUGUACCACUUUUUAAUCCGAAUUUUAUAAUUAUUUUCCUAAUACUACUUCAAUUUAGUGUCCAUGUGAUAUUAUCACUUAAAAACUAUUUUCUUUUUACUUAAGCUUUAGUUCAGCUGUGAUGAAUUUCCCAGUGAUAAUUUUAAAUUUGGUACAUUAGAAAUUUUUCGUUAUGAACUAAAUAAAAACAGUAUUAGAAAUUCACUAAAAUCCGUUUCAAUAAUCUUAUUCAUUUACUUCAAAGAAAAAAGAUUUGUUUGUGAGACUUUUGGAAGAUUUUCAGACAGUUCUGUAAAUUUCUUUAGCACUAUUUAUUUUCAAUUAGUACACCAGAAUCUUAACGUGAAUUGUGCACUUAAAGUCUUGAAGAAAAAUUUAAAUGAAACUGUUAUAUGAUCAUUGUCCGAAUUAAUAAAUGAAAAUAAAA